AACGCGUUGUUAAUAAAUACCUCCUGCUUAUGGACUUGAAAACUUAGUCUCUGAGCAGUUUCUAUUUUCUGGGCAGUUUCUAUUUUCUGAGACUGCAGUUUCUAUUUCGCCUUUUGGGGCAAAUUCGGCAUCAGAUUUGGCGAGCCAGGCAGGAGGCCCAGAGUCCUUCCGAGCCUAGGCCCAGGGGGGCCGGGACCCUCUCUGGGCCCCCCGACUGAAUUUUCGUCGAAAGAGUCUCCCGUUCCCCUCGGGCCAACGUGCAUCGGUGGACAAGGACCUCCUGCUCCAAAUUAAGAGGUAUUUAUCCUUUUAUAUUGUUUUUAGGAUAAAGCGCUUUGUUAAGAAGCGGGGGUAAGACGUUACCGCCCGAAGGGAAGCCGAGGGGACGCCCUGGCAUUAAUCCCAACUGGGUUAGAGGCCCAAACAUAAAGAGAAGCAGGUUAGAGUCCUGCCGGAAUAAAGUCUUGCUGGGUUAGAGGCCCAGACAUAAAGAGAAGCAGUCGCUCCGGGGCUGAUGUCAUACUUCCACUAUCAGAGGAAUUGUGCAGCAGUAAACCUUCACUGUGCCAGCCUCUUCCUUUGGUGGCCAAAUGAGUGAUCACACAGAAGAAAAUGGCAAGAAAAGCAUUUCUGCCCAGGUAACAUCUGCAGAAGGAAAUGUCUCUCCCGCUAAUGACUGCUCAAUAACACAAAAACAAUUGCAACAACUUGAAAAACAAUUAAAAUCCUUAGCCUUUCAAAAUCCAGGACCUCAGGUAGCUGACUUCAAUCCUGAAACGAGACAGCAGAAAAAGAAAGCACGCAUGUCACAGAUGAAACAAGAUUUUUUUUAUAAGCCCAAAAGUACAAAGAAGUAUGACAAACAUGGCAGGCUGCUUUGUAAUAACAUCGAUUUGUGUGACUGCCUGGAAAAGAACUGCCUGGGUUGCUUCUAUCCUUGCCCCAAAUGCAAUUCAAACAAAUGUGGACCAGAAUGUCGCUGCAACAGGAAAUGGGUUUAUGAUACAAUUGAGACUGAAGCUGGCAAUGUGAUUAGCACGUUGCCAUUUUCUAUCCCUGAUUGAUUUUCUUCUGAUAGAAGAUAUUUGCUCAGGCACAAAAACUAUCUUCACAUUAAAGCAGAUCUUGGCUUUAUGAAUUGUCUCUAGUGAAGUGCCUGGCAGUGGUGCCUGUGCUUCUUUAUUGCUGUCUACCCAGCAAGCUUUAAUCUUUCCCAUUAAGUAAAAGUAUGUAUUUCAUUCUUCCUCAGCUUUGCAAGCUUUACUGAGGCAUCUAAUCAGUCCUCUCUAAAUCUUGACUUUUUAAAACAGGAGGUGUCUGGACUGCAGUGGGAAGACAUUUUUCUUACCCUGGGAAGUUGAACUAUAUUACUUGUAAUAAGCUUAUUUUCUUGCUGAUUUCUCUGCUUGUUCAUUUGCUCAGAUGUGUGACACAGCUCUCUCUUUUGUGAAUGUUUCUACAAGUGUCUUUUCCUUCUUAUGUGUUGAUGUCUUGUACAGAUGAGGCAGGUGUCAUUUGAGAUAACAUUGUUCUCUGAAACUAGGUCGCUACUUUCCAUGAGUAUAAAGCAGACAAGAGUGGAAACGACUCUGCAGUUCUUUCUUGCUGCCCAGGCUGCAAGACUGAAACCAUCAUAUUCAGGCAGCAAUACUUUUUUUUUUUAUUUUUAUUUUUUAUUACAGUAUAUGGCACACUCAACCUGGAUCAGUCAUUCAUUAUACAGCUAGAGGUAAGCAGAUCAGAUAUUUUCGCCUCUGGACAGAAAAGUCUCUUCAGUUCCAGGAGCUUCAUUUUCACACAAGACAUGGCAGGUUUCCAAUACCAUAACUUACACCCAGUCUUCUUAUGACGUAGAGUUUCUCACCCUUUUUGAGGAUCUUGAUGGAGGGAAGGCUGCAGACUGCCGCAGGCGUUCUCCAGGAAAAUGCUGCUAGUGAUGGAAUUAUUUCCUGGGCCCAGUGCUCGUUGGUUUUGAGGAAACUCUCCCAAUUUUGAGUGUGGCAGCACACUUUUCUCCUACAAGAGGCCAUUUGCUGUGGAAAAAGACCUCCUGCUCCACGGCAGAGAUAUCUCCCAGUAGAAGAAACUUCCUGGAACAGAUGUCAAGAAUGCCUUAACACGGCAAUCUCCUUCUUACUUGAUACCUCAGAAAGAUUUGUUGCUCCUCUCAACUAAUGAUACAUCAGUACUUAAGCUUGUAGCACAAAAACACCCAGAAAUAAUUGCUAUGAUGGUUAAAACACUCUGGCAGUUGGAUCUGGUCCUCUUCUCUCAUACAACUUACUGGUCCAGAACUAUCCUUUGACUUGUGCUGGGAGUCCAAAUAGCCCACAUUAUCCCUGAGCUAUAUUUCUUAAGGUAAGUGGAAAUCCUGCCAAUAUAGUCAGGGAUUGGUUUCUUGUUCCAGGUGUGCUACAGACUCAUUCUGGACUUGGUUGAAUACACAGCUCUUCAUUGAAUAAACAGCUCUUCAAGAACAGACAGGAAGAUGGCAGCCUUUCUUUGAAAUAACCUCAAGCUCUGAAAUAGACAGCUUUGAAUUAGCUUCACUUCCUUUCUGCUUAAAGGCAAAACUCCAAAUAGUUUCUCAAGUGGAUUCAUGUGGCUGCUCCGGUCAUGGCUACGAGUGUUCCCACUGUGGCUUAAGGAAAGACGAAAGCACAGAUACAUAUAUUAAACCAUAGCCUAGCUAAGAUACCAUCUCAUUCUCCUGGCUGAAAAUGGAUUCAGUUUGUUUAGUUUGAAUUCAUUGUGCCUUCCACUGUUAUUUGCCUUGUUUACAAUCCGUAUCUAUCUGGAAGGAGAUAUUCACCCUCUGCUUUCUUAGAUGUUAUUACUACACUGAAUUCAAUCUCAAGGAAAUUAUUCAUGUGCCCCUGUAUGACUUUUGUGUAGGCAAAGACUGUUCUUUCUCUACUAACCUCCUAUGUGCUUGGGCACAGUCCUGUUGGGAUGCUCUCAAUUCCAGGAAUUCCACUGUGCAUCUUGUGCUAUUGACAAUCUUGAAAACUCAGAAAAAAAACCCAGAAGAGCUAUGCACAGCAUCUUGUUGUUUGCCAUUGUUGCACUCCCUUGGACUUAAAGCCAGAAAGUUGUCACUGAAGACACUUCUUAUUUAAUGAUUUGUCUAUAUUUCUUGAUAUGAGAAGUUGUCACAGCUCUGAAGAAAAAAAAAAACCACAAUCAAUAGCUGUUCUUGCAUAUUGUAUUGGAUACUUACAGCUGCUCCUGAAACAACAGCCAAUUUAAAGGAAAUAUUAAUAAAAUUAUCAUCAUGUGGCUCAGAAGAGGCCACAAGGAAAGUGAAGGCCAUUAGAUAAUGACUUUUAAGAUGCACACACACAAAGAUGUUAACACAAAGAACAACCUGACGCUUUGUCAGAUGGGUUAAGCCAAGGGAGUUCUGAGUAAGAAGGCAGAAAGCUGUGUGGGGUUACAGGGCUGAGCAGGCAGUCAGCUGUCGCAAGGCCACCGCUCCCAUGCCUGUCUCUGUUUCCAUGCUAAUAAAUGGGUGAAAGCAUGCUGA